CGUCGGAUGGUGGGUAAGGGAACGAGAGGGGCGGAGAGGGGGCGAGUAGAGAAGUUCGCGUUGCGCCUCUAGACGGCGCAGGAAUAGCACUCCUCUCACAGCCGGAGAGCGACUACGCUCGAGAGAGCGCCGCACUAUUUUCCCGGAUUUCGUGCAGUACGCGUCGUCGUUGUCGAUACGUGUGUGGCCCCCGCGCGAGAGGCCGUGAUCGAUUCCCUCCGACGGAGACGAAAUUCGUGCGUACCGCGGAUCCCUCUCGGAGGUCCUGCCGGUCGGGCCCGACGCGAGACGGUUUUUCGUGCCCGAGUGUAAAAAAAACGAGGGAAGACAAAGAUCGCCCUCCGUUGGUUUGCAGUGCAGUGAGAUUUAUUAGUGGUAAAACCAAAUGGUUGUGCUCGAGGAAGGCGGUAUGCUGACCACUGGACACAAUCAGUAUUUACAGCCGGAUUAUCUUUCUCCGCUUCCAACUACGUGGGAUCAUCCGUUCGUGGUCCGACGGAACGCGGACGAACAGAGAAUGACUCACUUGGACGCGAAGAAGAGUCCGCUGGCGUUGUUGGCACAAACAUGCAGCCAAAUCGGGGCUGAUUCACCGACGAAGCCGCUCAUCUCGCCCCUGGAGAAGAGCUCGAAGAGCAUAAACAUCGCUGCGAACGCAAAGUCGCCGCCAGCCGCGAAGCUGGAGCGCAACACGCGCAGCAGUCCGACGGACGGCAAGCCGCUGGCGUUCAAGCCGUACGAGACGAACGUCGUGACGAAGAAGAGCUCGGACGAGGGCAGACCCACGUCCAAGGCUAGUGUGCACAGUGUCAGUGGUCAGGAUAGUGUGAGUGCUAGUGAUAGCGCGCAUCCCGACAAAAAAUCGUCGGGCAAUCGCACGCCGGUGAGUCGGAAGUCGGCGUCGCCGAGCGGCCAAGCGACGGCGACGGCCACCAGCGUCACGCCGUCGGUCGAUCGCAAGACCCCGGCCGACCGCGAGAAGAUUGACGGUUCGCCGCGAAGCAACAGCAACAACAACAGCAACAGCAGCAGUAGCAGCAACAACAACAACAACGGCACCAGUCCGAUUAUCCGAUCCGGAAUGGAGAUUCUUUCGGGCGCGCACACAAAGGACGCCAAUCUGGCCGCUUACAAGCCGGGUCUCGCAGGAUUCACCGGCAAUCCUCUGUGCUGCCCGCCGGGUCUGGCCGAGAAUCCAGCCUUCAGGCCGCCUUUCGCCGGCGCGUCGCCGUUCUCGCAUCAUCAUGCCGCGGCAGCGCUGCUCGGCUAUCCGUCGGCCAGCCCGACGGCCGGCGGCAAUCCUUACUUGAGUUACGCUCGCGUCAAGACUCCGGCCGGCGGCGAAGCCCUCGUGCCAGUCUGCAAGGAUCCUUAUUGCACCGGCUGCCAAUACAGCAUGCACAGCGCGCAGAUCAUGAUGGGCGCGGGAAGUUGUCCGAGCGGCUGCACCCAGUGCGAUCAUCAGAAGUACGGUCUGGCCAUGGCACUGUCGUCUCUCGGCCCGAUGCCGCCCCCGUCGCUGUCCUAUCCGUCCACGCUGGCCGGCGGCAGGCCCUACGUCUGCAACUGGAUCGCCGGCGAGUCGUACUGCGGCAAGCGGUUCACCACGUCGGAGGAAUUGUUGCAACAUCUACGUAGCCACACGAGCCUGACCGGCGGUGAUCACGCGGCCUCCGCGGCGGCCCUGCUCGGCAAUCCGCAUCCGCAUCCGCUGCUGUCGCCGUCGACUACGCUCCAUCGUCCCGGCGGCGGCGCCUAUCCGGCGCCGUCGCUCAGCCCGCUCAGCGCACGGUAUCAUCCGUACGGCAAACCGCCGACGGGCCCGCUGCCGGCCUCGCUCGCCGCCUCGCCGUACAGCGCUUUCAACGCCUUAGGACCGUAUUAUUCACCAUAUGCGGUUUACGGACAAAGAAUCGGCGCCGCGGUACACCCGUAAGAUGGGCCAUGUCCCGUGGGACGCGUAGGAUUUUCCGGAGGAGAACUCUCUUCCGCCCUUAUUAUCUGUCUCUUUUUUCUUCUCAGUGUACAGUUGGAGAAUGUGCAAAGAUUAACGUGCAGAGACGGGCAUCGGCCGUCUGAGAGAGACUGUUGUGUAAAUAGCCGCUGUGUACAAUACAAAUUUAUUUAAAAGAAUUCUAUAUAUGUAUAUAUACAUAUAAAUAUAUGUGUACAUUGAAGAUUAUAAUUAAAGUUUAUGAAACAACUUGACGGUGUAACGUUGCAUCGCGAGACCAUUCUCUUGCGGAACUUCUAUAAUACGAGAGUAAUACGCAUCUCUGUUGAAAAAAAAAAAAAAAAAAUAUAAUAAAAUCCGGUUACCAUAUAGGGAAGGAGCUACAUGCCAGCUGUAAGUUAAAACAUUGUCGCUAUUUGCUGGGCGGACAAGAGCCUCACUUUCACGCGAGAAAUUUCUGAUCGCGCUUCCAAACGUAUGUCAGCCACCUUUGAAUUCUUUCGGCGCUUACAAACGGUUAGCCCCUCGCCGCGUACAUCAUCCUCGCCCUCACAGGCGACAUUAAUCGGUUAUUCGAUGUAUGGACGUAUGUCUGUGAAGAUUGUAAAGUGCGUAUUACACGACAAACACUGUGUAUGUUUUCCGACGCUCCGCAAAUGCGAGCCUCUCAUGCUAGAUGCGUUCGAUAGCGCGGCACCGACGGUCGCGCGUAUUCUAUAUGUCCAUGAUAUAACUGUGAUAUUACGCUACUUUUUCGAGAAAACGAUCGGUGGGAAAGGAAUAUUAUUGACGGAUAUCGAUGGUAUCGCCGAGGUAAAAUAUAACGUUGUAAUUUAUUAUCAUCAGUUAUGUAAGACAAACAUACGAAUGCCGUUGCAGCGAACAGAAAUAAAAUUUAUUUCGAGAAAUGUUUUAUCUGUUUAAUCAUUCUUUUUUUUUUUUCUUCGAAAUUUGAUAAUCGCACAAGACGAAUCUUCGAUCAGGGUAUACCCGAGAGCGUAUCAGAUCGCAUCACAUCGUCUCACAUUGUCGAAUAGAAUGUUCUAAUAGAAGCACACAUGAUGUACGAUACGCAUUAUCUGCGUUGUAAAUAUUUCUUGUAAAUAUCGUUGAGUUUCCAUACCGCUUUAAUAAAAACAAUGUUUGUAGAAUCAUC